AUGUCGACCGAUAACUCAAACCCCAACACACAGAACAACCAGAACGAAAUGCAUCGCCAGAGACGUGGUUCCGUUACCCAACAGGCUAUUGCUGGCCUUUUUAGGAGCAACUCUACUUCCAACGGAGCUGCCUUCCCCGGCACCGCCGACGCACAGAGACGGAGACUUUCCGUAUCCACCGGCCUCGGUCUCGCUGGCACUACUCCUACCCCCGGCGGCCCCUUCAACUCCCUGAGGCGAGGAAGUCUGUCGACCAACUCCAACGACUCCAUCGAUGAGAAUGCCAUCGACGAGGAGGAGAUGCCCUCCAACGCCCGCACCGCGCCCACCACCCCCUUUACUCGCAGAGUGAGCUUUGGAGCUCAGGCAAUGCGCACCAUGCGCACUGGCGGCGGAAGUCCUGGGUCAAACGGUAAUAAUCCACCUGUUUCUGCCACUCCCUUACCCAGUACGCCUGCCUCCUGCGACAGACGCAGCAGCACAGCUGUGAAUGCUACGCCAUCCAUUUAUUCCAUCGCCGCUGCUCCGUCGUCGGUCCGGUGUCGCUCUAGUAGCAUAGCACAGGCAAGCACCGCACACAAGCAAAUGUCCAUUUCUGACAUGUUUUCGUGCCCAGACCAAGGUUUCAAUUGGUCCGAGCAGUUUAGAUCCCGCGCCGAAAGCUCUGUUCAGGGCACGCGACCUUCCUUCUCGUUCGGUUCUGGUCUUUCAUCCUCGCCUACACGCGGCACGGGCAACGCCGGCGCCCACGACCGCCAGAAGUCUGUCUCCGAGAUGCCCGCUCCCCCCGCCCAAGCUGCCGCCAUGAAGCCCAAGGCCCCAGAGCGCCCGAAGCCUGAUGCUUUCCAGGAGCGCAUCCUGAAAGGCGACUUCUACAUGGACUGA